ACCUGUUUCACGUCAGCCCAGAGAACCAGGUCACGCCAUUGUGUCACCAGAAAGUAGCACAUACCCCAUUGCGCAUAACAACAGCGAGUAUCUGUUGAAUACAAGAGAGGACAUAACAAGUUGUUUUCUGUUUGGCUUUGACUGCGCCUCCAUUGCUCAACCUACCCGGUCCUGUUCGUAGACCCAGGCAGGAGACGAUCAGCGCAACAUUGUUUCUGACUCGUAACAAUCACGCCAUCAUUCAUCACUCAGCAUGGUGAUUGCCACCCUAAUCUGCUGCUGUCUUCGAGCUAUGAGAGAGGAAGAGCGGGAGGGGGAGAGGGAGAGGAGAGGACGUACUGUUAUCGUGGUGCGAGAUCAGCAUAUUGAUCGUGCAGGGUUGGUACAGCACGAGGUGAUGCCUGACAGAUCCCAUCCUGGGCGAGUUGUGGUCGUUAACAGGGGUGUACGGACUGCUGGUCCAUACGCAGGUAACCAGAUCCCUUCACGAACCAUACCAGCACCUUACGCUGCAAACCAGAUCCGACCACCAGCCGAUGCCCGAAACAACCAAGCACCUUACACUGCUAGCCAGAUCCGACCACCAGCCGAUGCCCGAAACAACCAAGCACCUUACACUGCUAGCCAGAUCCGACCACCUGCCGAUGCCCGAAACAACCCAGCACCUAAAAAGGCUUGCCAGAUCCGACUACCUACCGAUGUACCACCCCCUUAUACGGCAUACCCAUUGCGUAAACCACAGAACUAAACGAUGAGACCCUGAGGAAGUACAGUAAGCUCGUGUUUAGAAACUCUUUUUAUGGACGGACCUCGUACGGACAUUUCAAUGGCAGAGCAUGGUUUUUUAAUCUUGCAUGAGACAUUCAUUUCCUUUUGGAAAAUUAGGGGUCAAGUCAAAAUGUCACUGAAGCCAAAACUCUCGUUCUUCAUUUCUUCAGUUAUCAGACUUUGCCUUGGACCAUCAUUGUUAUUGCCUGUUGAACAUUCAAAUUGAUCGGCAUUGAGAGAAAUUAAUUAGAUUCAAACCAGUAUAUCAAACUUUGUAAAACAAAUCGUAUAUCAAGUUGUGUAUUGUAUAUUAUACCUAUAUAGCGUGAGCAUCCAAAUGUGCACGAUGUCUUGAAUGUUGUGUGUCAUGUUCCUAUGACAGCAGGCAUGUCGGUUGAGGUGUCAAUCAACCAUCCUUAAUUACAAAUGAUGGACACCGUCACAAAGGACGGACAGAUGAAGUUGUAUCUUUUAAUUAUAUGAUAGAUUUUUUGUGGGGCGUCAGUGCGCCAACUGUGCUAGGCGAUAAUGUUUUACUUUUAAUGAUUUAACUUCUAACUUUAUAUUUCUUUAUGCUUAUUAGUCAUAGAAAUCUGCCUGCACAUUCUGUGAACGUAUACAUGUAAAGGUGGCUGUAUGAUAACGUUACGAGAUGAUGACACAAACUUAUGCUCUAAGGGAUCAACCAUUUGAUUUUCUAAAUGAUACUGAAGCCCAUGUUUUACUGGAAACAAGUUACACAUGCCUCGCAUUGUAGAAAACAUAUUGUGCCAUUUUCGUGCAGACUAAAUUAAAGGUGUUCAAAGAAUACGGUUCCGUUAUUUUUAUCUAUCUAAAUAUAUUUAUGUCUCCUAAACAUAAAAAAUACUUACAUGCUGAUCUCAAACCAAAAUCAACCCUCCGAAGAUCAAAUGGUAGCUCCCAAAAUACAUCUCUUCGUCGCUUCUUGUUUGUGAUAUUGUACAUAUUUUGUUAUUGCAAUGUAAUUGAGCGGUUUGUAACAAUAGUCCAUAUCAUUCCGUUUCUUAUUGUUGACUCUUUGUACGUGGUUAUUUUUCACAUGGAGAAAAUAAACAGUUUGUUCAAUUUGUACUACUUUAGCAUGCUUGUACUCUGCUAAAAGAGCUCUCUGUUUUAGUAGGCAGCUGAAAGUGCUCGAAUCCUUUCGAAACAUAAUACCAAGAUAAUUUUACCUGCCUUACAGAUUCUCAAUACACUAGCCAGUUGGAAAGGCAUAAAGUGGCGGCUGCCUCGGUUGCCUAUUGAGACCCUGGGGUCGAGGUGACCCGGGUUGACACCCUGGGGUCGUGGUGACCCGGGUAAGAUGGCUGAAUGUCCUGGGGUCUUAGAGACCCGGACUGUGUAGCUGUGAGAGGGAUAUGCCAGUCCUGGGGUCCGAUGACCCGGACGAUCCCUAUAGGUAAGCUGGUCCUGGGUCGUGCUGACCGGAUGGUACCGAAAUAGCGUAAUGUUCUCAGGGGGCCAUAAGUCUUCCAUGCUCUGAGUAUGGAGUGGUUUAUGACGCCCAAACGAGGUUAACAAGCGAGAGCCCCCAAAGGUUGGAAUGGUUCCAAAGGUGCAACGAAAGGGUGACAUGAAAAGGCAAAUAAGCUGGAAAAGGCAAAUAAAAUCCAUGCGAUCCUGAUAUUCAUUACUCAAGCUGGUUACCGUCAAUAAAAUGUUUCAUGGUUGAAUAAUUAAA